ACCAUGCCUCAGAGAUGAACGGAGGUGUGUCUGAAUACCUGGUCAUCGAGUCUAAACAUAAUUGUACGUGCAAACAGGAGAAGGAAUCUAAGGAGGCUGCUGAUUCCAAAAAGCUGGCUCUCAUUGAGAACGCUUACGGUACCAUACUGACUGGGCUCGGAGAAGACGUGGACCGGGAGGGACUUCUACGGACACCACUGCGUGCUGCCAAAGCCAUGCAGUUCCUCACCAAAGGCUACAAGGAAACCACUCAAGACAUUUUGAAUGAUGCAAUCUUUGACGAAAACCACGAAGAAAUGGUGAUCGUCAAGGAUAUCGAGCUGUUUUCUCUCUGUGAACAUCACCUGGUGCCCUUCUUUGGCAAGGUAACGUCACAUCAAAAUCACUGAGUAUUUAAAAAACU